UGUUACAUUUUUCCGCGACAGCGCGCGACGCGAUUGUCGCAAAAGCGAAUUGCAGCAUACGAAGCUGUAUGGCCCCGCGCGCACUGCGAUAAUAAAAUCGCAGCCGGGGCGGCGCUCAGUCGGCAUUUCGCUCUUCAAGCGUUAACAUGUCGGAACCUGCUUCUCCAAUGGAGUUCCAAGAUUGGACGCUAGAUAUUGACCAUUUAAUUAUGGAAAUCGAAGGAAGAUCACCUUUGUGGGAUAAAUACUUGAAAUCAUACAGCGAUCGCAUACUGAAGACACGUUUGUGGGAGGAGGUUUGUCAAAACGUUAUACCGAAGUGGGAGGAACUAACCAAGGAUAAAAAGAAAAAGACCGGUGCCGACUUACAAAAAAAGUGGAAGAACUUAAAAGACUGUUUCUCAAGAGAAUUAGCUUCGCAAAAGAAAAGUGUGUCUGGUGAAUCGGGGAAGAAGAAACGCAAGUACAUUUACUUCGAUCAACUUUCGUUCUUGAUAGCUAUUAAUACUCCUAGGGAUACUAGUAGUAACGUCAAACCUAUGGAAGAAUGCGCGAAAUCUGACAUUCAGUCGGAUGAGGAAAAUACCCAACCAAAGCAAGACACUAGACGUUCUAGACAUCUACGUAAGAAACAGACAGGCGCUGAAGUAAAAAAAGGAAACAGAUAUUGA